CAUUCAGUUGUCGGAGAGGAGACCGCAGCAGUGUGUGCGCUAUAGGGAGCAGAUAUCACUGAGAGAGAGAGAGAGAGAGAAAGUCAGUGGCUGUUUGAGAAUAGGCAUAAUUAGAAAAAGCUCAUGACAAAAUCCAUCGAUUACGUGCAUGGUACGGAUUAUGAUGUUUUAAAAUUGAUAUAUGCAUUUAGAGGAAUCUCCUCAUCACUUAAAUAGCACUCCACAUCAUUGGAAUGUGCACUGCUGCCAUAAACGGACGCAUCUGAAGUAGCCCAGAGCUUGUUGAUUUGGCAGUGAAGACAGGCUUUUGGGUGUAAUCAGACCUGCAUUAACCAUCACAAACAAGAUGGUCCACGGUUGACGGGACUACUAAAAUACACGUUUUUUCCUCCCAAAUCCUUAUACAUUUUGGGGACUUUCCUUGGACUAAUGGUGAUGGGAAUUGACGCGUUAAAUAAACAAGGAUAAGAUUUUUUCCAAAGUACACUUGUUCUUUGGCGAUGAUUGUGCUAUUCCUUCUUCUGUGUAUUACGAAUGGAGUGGUCUCGCAGAUACGCUACUCUGUGCCGGAGGAGGCGGAUCACGGCACCUUCGUGGGGAAUAUCGCCGAGGACCUUGGACUGGACAUGACCAAAAUCGCCUCGCGGCGCUUCCAGGUGGUGCCUAGCUCGCGGACGCCGUACCUGGAAGUGAACAUGGAGAACGGGAUUCUGUUCGUCAACGAAAGAAUUGACCGGGAGCAGAUCUGUAAGCAGAGUGCCAGCUGCCUAUUACACCUUGAAGUGUUUCUGGAGAACCCACUCGAGCUGUUCCGCGUGGAGAUAGAGGUCGUGGAUAUAAAUGACAAUCCGCCCAGCUUCCCCGAGACCGACAUCACCGUGGAGAUUUCAGAGAGCGCUACCCCCGGUACCCGGUUCCCUCUUGAGAGUGCAUUCGAUCCGGACGUGGGCUCCAAUGCGCUGCGCACAUACGACAUCACCACCAAUAACUACUUCUACCUGGAUGUGCAGACGCAGACCGACGGGAACAAAUUCGCAGAGCUGGUGCUGGAGAAGCCGCUGGACAGGGAGCAGCAGGCGGCCCACAGGUACGUGCUAACUGCGGUGGACGGGGGGCAGCCUCCACGGACAGGCACUGCUCUGCUGGUGGUCAAAGUGCUGGAUUCUAACGACAACGUGCCCGUGUUUGACCAGCCGGUGUAUUCGGUGAGCCUUCAGGAGAACGCACCGGUGGGGACCCUCGUUAUCCAACUGAACGCCACCGACUUGGACGAGGGGCAGAACGGGGAGAUAGUAUAUUCAUUCAGCAACCACAUAUCCAGCCGCGUCAAGGAUCUGUUCGCCAUAGAUGCGCGCACUGGACGCAUCGAGGUGUGCGGCGAGGUGGAUUUUGAGGAGAGCAGUUUAUAUCAAAUAUUCGUUCAGGCGAAAGAUCUUGGGCCCAAUGCCGUGGCUGCACACUGUAAAGUUCUGGUGAAAGUGACAGACGUAAAUGAUAAUGCUCCUGAGAUCACCUUUAGCACCGUGACUGAGUCGGUGAGCGAGAGGGCAGCCCCAGGAACCGUUAUAGCCCUGCUGAGCGUGACGGACAAAGAUGCCGAGGAAAACGGAAAGAUUCAUGUUGAAAUCCUCGGCGAUGUCCCGUUCAAACUCAAACCCUCCUUCAGGAACUAUUUCACCAUUGUAACAGACGGACCUCUAAAUAGGGAGAAUGCUGACUCUUAUUCAGUGACUGUAGUUGCCAAGGAUACAGGGACCCCUUCCCUCGCAACCAGUAAAUCAAUCAAAGUGCAAGUCUCGGAUGAAAAUGACAAUGCGCCAACGUUUACGCAGCCCAUAUAUGAUGUGUAUGUGACUGAAAACAAUGUGCCAGGUGCUUAUAUCCACGCUGUGACCGCUCUGGACCCAGACGUUGGACAGAAUGCUCUAAUUAGUUACUCCAUAAUGGAUUGUGAUAUUCAGGGUAUGUCUGUGAAAACAUAUGUGUCAAUCAAUGAGGAAACGGGCUACCUUUACGCACUCAGAUCAUUCGAUUACGAGCAGCUUAAAGACUUCACUUUCAUGGUUAAGGCGAAAGAUGCAGGUAGCCCCGAGCUCUCCUCGAACGCCACGGUCAAAGUGAUCAUCGUAGACCAGAAUGACAACCCUCCCUCAGUCAUUGCUCCUCUGGGUAAAAAUGGCACUGCGAGAGAGCCGCUGCCCCGCUCCGCAGAGCCUGGCUACCUGGUGACCCGUAUCGUCGCCAUGGACGCAGAUGACGGCGAGAACGCACGGCUCUCCUACAGCAUCCAGAGGGGAAACGAGAACGGCAUGUUCCGUAUGGACUGGAGGACAGGAGAGCUGCGCACUGCCCGGCGCGUCUCAACCAAGCGGGACCCCAACCAGAUGUAUGACCUGUUGAUAGAGGUGAGGGACCACGGCCAGCCACCCCUCUCCUCCACCGCCAGUGUGUUCGUGGUGCUGGUGGACAGCGUGGUGGAGGACCACCGGGAGAGGGGCACCGCCAAGUCCAAGGAGACCACUCUGGACCUCACCCUCAUCCUCAUCAUCGCCCUGGGCUCUGUCUCCUUCAUCUUCCUCCUGGCUAUGAUCGUGCUGGCAGUGCGCUGCCAGAAGGACAAAAAGCUAAAUAUCUACACGUGCCUCACCAGUGAUUGUUGCCUCGGGUGCGCCACAUGCUGCAGCAGGCAUGCGCGAGCCCGCAAGAAAAAGCUCAGCAAGUCUGAUAUCAUGCUGGUGCAGAGCGCCAACGUCACCGGGGCCGGUACAGCUCAGGUGCCAGUGGAAGAGUCCGGGAGCUUCGGCUCUCACCACCAAAACCAGAACUAUUGCUACCAGGUAUGUCUGACUCCGGAGUCUGCCAAAACCGACCUCAUGUUCCUAAAGCCGUGUAGCCCAUCUAGGAGCACAGACACCGAACACAACCCGUGCGGGGCCAUAGUGACAGGGUACACUGACCAGCAACCUGACAUCAUAUCAAACGGCAGCAUUUUAUCAAGCGAGACCAAACAUCAGCGAGCGGAACUCAGUUACCUGGUGGACAGACCUCGGCGUGUGAACAGUUCGGCUUUCCAAGAAGCGGAUCUCGUUAGCUCGAAAGACAGUGGUCACGGUGACAGCGAACAGGGCGACAGUGACCAUGACGCCACCAAUCGAGGUCACUCUACCGGCGCUGAUCUCUUCUCUAACUGCACAGAGGAGUGCAAGGCUCUAGGCCACUCCGACCGCUGCUGGAUGCCCUCCUUCGUGCCCUCCGACGGGCGCCAGGCGGCAGACUACCGCAGCAACCUGCACGUGCCAGGCAUGGACUCCGUGCCCGACACUGAGCGAGGAAAAGGGUUUGCUAGCUCCUUUCGCGUGGACAUACCAGAGACCGCAUGACUUUGCGCAAUCAGUCAAAACGACAAAAACUAAAUAGAGCAUCAAGUUCCAUUUCCUUAGCUGUACCACGUCUGACUGACAUUCCUCCUACGGAACACAGAACUCUGUGGACAACAUUCCCUCCGGAAUUCUAUUGGAACACUGCCGGCCUUGGAUAUUACUAUCUAUGGGACUCUGGAGGGGUUGGAAGUGGUGGGGACGGACAGAGAGACACGGUUGGGAGACGGACAGGCAGACAGCUCUACACGAGGACCCCACCGCUCUCAGCAGGACUGAGACAGAGUUGAAAACAGAACUAAUAGAGGGGGAGGAGAAUGAGGGAGGAGGAGGAGGACGAGGACGGAGGACGAGGGAGGAGAUGGAGGAGGACGAGGAUCUCUCCUCUCUGAUCUGUGUGUGCCUGUUUACAGCACUGAUGUACAUCUUUUAAGAAGAAGAGAAAAAAGAAAAAAGAAAAAAGAACAACAAAAAAAGACAGGAAACGGAACGUCGACGUCACUGAGCCCUUUAGAUGUUUAUACUCACAGCAGAAGCCAGUUGUACAGGAGAUCUUUGUGCAUUUUACAUGCAAUACCACUGUUUUAGACUUGACUGUUUUUCUAUUCAGUUUGUGUGGUCAGGUGUCUUCUCCUCAGAUCUACAGUACUUCAACUUUAUAAGGAAAGAUUGUGAUUAUUAUUUUUUUUUAAGUUCUGCUUUUGCUUUUUUCACAACAUAGUGAGUCUGGACAGUGAUGGGCUUCGCCUUUGAAUUCUAAGCUGUUCAGUAGUUUAUAUAAUGUGUGAGAAGUGUUAACUGUACUCUUUUAAAAAGCUUCAACAUGAAUAUAAAUCUAUAUAUAAAUCUAUCAAUAUAUACUUUUUCUGAAGGUAUGCUAUCUAUUCGGUGGGUUUCCUAUUGUGUGUAGACAGAGGUCCAUACGCUGCUUAAAGUGCUGUAGAAGGCUUGGGAGGAUCUUACAGGUUGGCGGCGUUCUUACCAUGAAAACAGAAUGGCCUUAUCUUUCACGUGAAACCAAGUUUUCAUCCGGUUUGAUUAUUUAAUUUUUUCACAUUUGGAUAUUGAAAGUUGAAAUUCAUGUCUAUAAAUAAAAGUGGUAAUAAUUUAGAUUGAAUUCCAUGGUAAUUCUGUGUUAUUGUAACCAAAAAAGGGUCAAUUAAAAAGAACAAAUCAAAAAGUGGCCAAAUAAUGAAAGGUGUUGUACACAUGCAGUGUAAAAUCUAACAUACACACAUACACACAGUCUUACACACAAACACACCAUAAUGCCAACAAUAAACCGAAAAAUGAGAAAUGUA